AAUCUAAAAAUGGCUCACUCUGUUGUUAGCUUGUUCUAGGCGAGAGUUUAUUUAAGUGGGACCGACCACUAUCGGCUGACAGCUUUUCAGUACCCCAGGUGCGGUAUCUACGUGCUUGUAGUGUUGGAUAAUGCAAGCAGAGACAAAGCACUUUGGACAAAAACAAACGAAAGUUGCACCAAAGGUACUUGCAGAGAUGUAUACUGCUGUUACAAAUCUUUUGAAGGCCGAAAAAGAAGAGUGGGAACGGAAUCCGAUCCCGGGAUUUGUCGCCGAACCGACAGAGAACGAGGAUGGAACCAAAAACUGGAUGUCGAACAUAUUCCACCCGAAUAUUGGUUCCACUCGCUACCUCCAGAUUCCCAGACUAGUGCUCGAACCGAAAUUCCUGGCCCCGAAGAUGGAUAUCAGAAUGAUACUGCUGGCUAUCCAGCAUAUUCUGCAAUAUCCGGACCUGGCUCUGCGUGCGCGUGCAAACGCCGCGGCCUUUGACUUGUUCCUGACCAACCGGCUAUGCUAUAAUGAUCGCAUCGCACGCCAGGCCCACAGGCUGCGCUGACUCGUGAGGAGAUGCACGCACAUAAAUAGUAUCUCUGCAACCCCUGCAAACUGCCUUGCCGCGCUUUUCCAAAUGAUGGAAAACAGCAGCCAAAAAACCUUUGUACAACAAAACAACAGAUUAGUCUGCAGACCAAUAUUAAAUUUACAAGUGUGUAAAAUCCAAAAAAA